ACGGGAGUUGUGCAGCGCCGUGGACACAGACCUUGUGUCCCGCCUAUGAGGCGUGGUGAUGUAUCAUCUUACCACAGAUGCUCCAUUGGUGGAAGUAUUAAACGGCGGCGAUCAGGUCCAAGCCAUGGGGGGAGCUGAUGCCAUGUUCUGAACUGUGAGACUGCGAGAGCGAGUGAGGUGCCUACUCAACGCUCCAACAGGUGAGUGGUGCGUGAGAAGACAGCAGCCAUGCCACCCCCCUCUGACAUCGUCAAGGUGGCCAUCGAGUGGCCCGGUGCCAACGCCCAGCUCAUGGAGAUUGACCAGAAGAAGCCCCUGUCGUCUAUCAUACGGGAGGUGUGUGAUGGCUGGUCUCUGUCUGGCUCGGAACAGUUUGCCCUGCGUUAUGCUGACGGUCCUCAGCUCUACAUUACUGAGCAGAGCCGUAGUGAAAUCAAGAAUGGAACCAUCCUUCGAUUAGCCAUAUCUCCUGCCCGUGCAGCGCGGCAGCUCCUGGACAGGAUCCAGUCCCACGGCAUAGACGCCCGCCUGGAGGCCCUUAAGGAGCUGGCCAAGCUGUCAGCUGACCCCACCUUCGCCACUGAGUUCAUCAGCAUGGAGGGCAUUGGAACCCUGGCACGCCUGGUGGAGAGUGGCACCCACUUUGGGGAGAUGCUGGCCUUCACUCUCACAGCCUUCUUGGAGCUGAUGGACCAUGGCAUUGUGUCCUGGGACCUUAUCUCUCUGUCCUUCAUCAAACAGAUUGCGAGCUACGUGAACCAGCCGAUGGUAGACGUAUCCAUCCUGCAGCGCUCACUGGCCAUCCUGGAAAGCAUGGUCCUCAACAGCCACAGCCUCUACCACCGGGUGGCGCAGGAGAUCACCGUUGGACAGCUCAUCGGGCACCUGCAAGUGUCCAAUCAGGAGAUCCAGACAUACGCCAUUGCACUCAUCAACGCCCUCUUCCUCAAGGCACCGGAGGACAGGCGGCAGGAGGAGCAUACUAACCCCCUGGACCAGCGGCUCACAGAGAUGGCGAGCACCCUGGCACAGAAACACCUACGAUCCAUCAUCCUCAAUCAUGUUAUCCGAGGCAACCGACCUAUCAAAGCUGAGAUGGCACACCAGCUGUACGUGCUGCAGGUGCUUACCUUUAACCUUUUGGAAGAACGGAUGAUGACCAAGAUGGAUCCCAGUGACCAGGCCCAGAGGGACAUCAUUUUUGAGCUGCGCAGGAUUGCGUUUGAUGGGGAAAAUGACUCUAGUGGCACGGAGAAGAGAAAGGCCAUGUACACCAAGGACUACAAGAUGCUGGGCUUCACUAACCAUGUGAACCCUGCCAUGGACUUCACUCAGACCCCUCCAGGCAUGCUGGCCCUGGACAACAUGCUCUACCUGGCCAAGCUGCACCAGGACACCUACAUCAGGAUUGUUCUAGAGAACAGCAGCCGUGAGGACAAACACGAGUGUCCCUUCGGACGCUGUGCCAUCGAGCUCACCCGAAUGCUGUGUGAGAUACUUCAAGUGGGAGAAUUGCCCAAUGAGGGCUGCAACGACUACCACCCCAUGUUCUUUACUCACGACCGGGCGUGGGAGGAGUUCUUCUGCGUCUGCAUCCAACUGCUCAACAAGACCUGGAAGGAGAUGAGGGCCACGGCUGAGGACUUCAACAAGGUGAUGCAGGUGGUUCGGGAGCAGAUCACCCGGACUCUGGCUAUGAAGCCCUCGUCCCUGGACCAGCUAAAAGGGAAACUACGAGGCCUCAGCUACUCUGAGAUCCUGCGUCUGCGCCAGUCAGAGAGGAUGAGCCAGGAUGAUUUUCAGUCACCACCCAUCAUUGAACUGCGUGAGAGGAUCCAGCCAGAGAUACUGGAGCUGAUUAAGCAACAGCGACUGAACCGCCUGUGUGAGGGAAGCUGCUUCCGCAAGCUUGGCAACCGCCGCAGACAAGAGAAGUUCUGGUUCUGCCGCCUGUCUCUGAACCACAAGGUGCUGCACUAUGGAGAUCUGGACGAGUCUCCCCAGGGGGAAGUGCCUUUUGAGCUGCUCACCGACAAGAUCCCCGUGUCUGAUAUCAAGUCAGUGGUGACGGGGAAGGACUGUCCCCACAUGAAAGAAAAGAGUGCACUGAAACAAAAUAAGGAGGUGUUGGAGCAGGCUUUCUCCAUCCUGUACGAUCCUGAUGAAAAUCUCAACUUUGUGGCUCCCAACAAAUACGAGUACUGUAUCUGGACUGAUGGGCUGUGUGCGUUGUUGGGGCGAGAGAUGGGCAGUGACCUCACACGCAGCGACCUGGACACGCUCAUCUCCAUGGAGAUGAAGCUCCGCCUCCUGGACCUGGAGAACAUCACCAUACCUGAAGCCCCUCCCCCUGUGCCAAAGGAGCCCAGCACUUACAACUUCACCUACAACUAUGGCUGAGAAGUAUGUGUGGAAGGCCUGUUUGUGUUUACAUAUGUAUGAGUGAGAGAAAGACUAUAGUGUGUGUGGGCAUAAUUGCGAGUGUGCGUCUUUAUGUAUAGUAAGACAAGGAAACCACACACAUCCCCUAACCACUACAUCUUGAGCUCAACGUCGCUUGUCUAAUGAUCUGAAAUCCAACCUCCCACAAAUAAUCCAGGCAGGGUACUACCAAUAAGUCUACCAUCGUAUUUAAAUCGAGAUUAUGAUAUGAGCUUGAUACAAACCUUAACAUUUUGUUUUGUAACAUAUCAUUUCAUGGCCUUAUCAACUGUAUGUGUGAAAAGAAGCUCUGUGUUUUGAACAGUUACAGCUGAGCCCUACUAUUGCUUCAUGCAUAACAACAGAACCAGAUCUGUUUGAACGAGACCUGGGUUCAAAUACUAUUCCAAAUAUCUCAAUUACUUUCACAUACAUUUCGAAGUAAAUAGUCAUAUUUUUUAUUUGAUAAGACAAGUAAUUGAAUAUUGGAAUCUAUUUGGAAAUACACUUGGAACGAAUUGGCAUGUAUUUGACGAAUCUCAAAUGCACUGACUUAAAUACACUCCCAUGCAUUUAACCCGGGUAUUUGAAAAUAGUAUUUGAAAUAAGUACUUGAAAAUACUCUCAAAUAGUCGACUUUCAAUAGAAGUAGUUGAUUCAGGCCACAUUAUUUGAAAAUACUCAAACACAAGUAUAUAAAUAGCAAAUAAUCAAAUACACAUGCAUUUGAACCCAGGUGUGUUUUGAACUGAUACUUCAUGGGCCACGGUGUUGUUUUCAAGUCACUCCAUGUCCUUUCAUCUUCUAAUUCAGUACUAAUCUAUAUUAUUGAUGUUUGUUAUGCAGAAUAUAAUUAUAUUUUUGUAAAUCAUUGUGAAUUCAGUCUCAGCAGUGGAGAGAAGGAACACUAACUUUCUAGCAACCUACUAAUUUGACUUCAGAGACGUGGUUAUUGAGAAAGACUAAUAAGCUAGGUAUCAAACUGUCUGUUCUCUGCAACAGAGUUUUCAGAUCUAGCAGUAAGCCAUUUGUAGGCUUGUCACAUGUUUUUCUUCUAUAAUUAUUCUACUUUGUAUAGUCCCAGUUGCCAAAUAGCAAUCUGUAUGUGGAGAUGUUUUACACUAAACAAAUGGAGCUUUCACUAUGCAAGCACUCUGAAGUCAUCCGUCAUAUUCUUUGGCAUUAGUAGGUCAGGAGAUUGCCAAAAUGUCUCUAACAUAAAUCCUCAAUGAUCAAGAUGUUCAAUAUCGGAUAUGUUUUUGUUGUAUCUUACACAGCUAAUGAAAGUAACAAGAAAUGUGCUCAGUAUAUGCUAUUGGAGUUUGGUUGCGCUGUACGUAAAUUAAUAGGAUUUAGUGGUCUUGUAUUGGAAGUUAUUUCAACAAAAGUGUUUCUGUUCUGAGUCUUUCCUUUGGAAAAGGGCUCUGGGUCUUGAUAUUUGAUGUCCCAUUGUUCAUAGUACACAAUUGGAAAGGGAUGUUAUGUACGAGACAUCACUUUCAAAAGCUUGUAGCUGCUUAGAGAAUUCUACAAAAUUCCACAUUGAACCAAGUGGGGUUUCUAAUGGACACCAACAUUAAGGAGACUUUUGAAGAGGCUUUAGCAUCUGGUACUCUUUUACAUGACUUGCUGAACCAUGACUGUGUUCAGGCUAGUGCUGGUACUGAAUGACAUGUUUGUCACGAAAUAACUUUAAAUUGAAAUAUGGUAUUCAUAUAUAAAUCAUUGUCUGUAUAUAUUGUGUUGCCUUAUUAAAAAAAAAUGUUUUGUGUGAAUAAAUACAAAGCUAAACUGG